AUGACUUUACGAGUUCAGACAUCAUUCUCUGAUCUCUCUAAACACUCUGUAAAAUGCUGUCACGAAGUCUUGCCUUCCUCGUACUCACCCUAUCUCUCUCUCCCCUUUUCUCUCUUCCUUUCUCUCUUUUUCUUCCUCUCACUUUCUCUCGCUUUUUUAGCUCAUCCCUUUAUUCUUCCUUUACUCUAUCUCCCUCCCUCACUAUCAGACUCUCCUUCUCUUUCGCUUUCUCUAUUUCUCCUUCUCCUUCUCUCUUUCUCUCUCUCUCUCUCUCUCUCUCUCUCUCUUCUCUCUCUCUCUUGCAUGAAACCUGAAGUUGACUAUAGAGUCGGGAGAACACUUCAAACAAAACAUUUUUCCAAAGUCUUUUACUUUCUUUAUUUCUUUUUACUGUGUUUAUUUCGCUUUUACCAUUUUUCAUUUUUUCACUCUGUUUAUUACAUUUUCUCACUCUUUCUUUCCCAUUCUCUUUCAAUGUCUUUCCCUAUCUUCCAUUCUUUUCCCUUCUCUUUCUUUCUCUUUAUUGCCUCUUCUUUCUCGUUAACCCUUUCUCUUUUUUUUACUUUCUCUCCUUUCAUUCCAGUUCCCUGCUUCUCUAUUUCCCACUCGUUUCUGUAA